AUGACUGAUAAACCAAAGUUUCAACAUGCAAAGAGUUCUCCCAUGUUAACUAAUGUUCAUGGAAGAGAUCAUGAAGAUAUGUCGAGUGAUAGUAGUGAUAGUGACACAGAAUUGGACUUAUUGGAAUAUCUUAAUAGAAUUGAUCUUUCUUAUAGAGAGAUUAAAUUUAGAAUCCCCAACGAGACUAACCAUAAGAGUGAAAAUACCCAGAAUUUCGUCAAAAGAGUAGCUUUUGAUACCGUGAACAUUCAAUAUCAAGAAGAUGAUUCUGAUGAUGAUGAUUGGGGCAGAAGAAAUAGUCGUUAUGAUGAUCUUAAAGUUGGAUCAUAUGAUUUCUUAUUUGAUGAAUCAAGAGGAAGAUCUCGUAGUAAGAUAUCUCCUACUCCAUCACCACUUCAUAGUCCUAGUGCUAGUCCUAUAAGAUCAGGAGUAUCACCAAUGAGGAAUUCAAUCAGUUCAAUUACCAAUAAUAUAGAUGUUAACAUGGCCAAAUUACUACAAAAGCGUCCCGAAUAUCCUACACAGCCAAUCAUCACUCAUAAAGGAUGUACUUACACAAAGAAACACACUAAGUUCGAAGACUUGUACCUUGGGAAGGUUACAGAUAAACAAGGCAAUUAUUUGCGUCCCGUAUUGCCACGAAGGGUGAUUUUGGUUUACAUUUCCGGAAGACGACAUACGUGGGUUUGUUUGGAUUGGGUUUUGAGUAAAUUCAUAGAGAAUGGUGAUUCAGUUAUUAUAGUAUCUUCGGUUCAUGAAAGUCUUCUCCAGGAACCUCCCCAUCAUCGUAGAAAGAGUUAUGGUUCAUCAUCACCAGAAUUUAGUCGUUAUAAAUCUCGGAAAGGUAAAGCGAAGCCUGAAAUCAUCAAAUUAAUAGCCAGGAAGAUCAUGAAUUAUUCCAUGGAAGUGAUAAAUCCCGAUAUCAUUGCUAAAGUAUCAAUUGAAUUAGCCGUGGGUGAAACAAAACAAGUUCUAAAAGAGAUGUAUAAAUUAUAUGAGCCAAGCGUGGUAGCUACUGGUUCUAAACCCAGAACUAAUAUCGCAGCUCCUUUGAGAUCAUGGACUUCUUCAAAACUUACCGACCGGUUAGUUAAGAACUUUCCUUUACCCCUUAUAGUUACCCCCGCAGUCAAUAUGGGGAGAUUUGAAAGAGACUUACGUAAAGAAAUCAAUAAUAAGUACAAGUUCAGUGAUGAAGAUGGUCCAUAUGAAUUCACAAGGAAGAAAUCUUUCGGUGACCUUCAGUCAAUGUCGUCAAUAUCGUCUGACGAUUCGUAUUCAUCAUUUGAAGAAAUCACUAACAUUUAUGAGAAGUCUAAACGAGACUUACACGAUCAACUUAAUGACAGUUUAACUAAGAAUAACUAUACAUUGGAUUAUUUUGUUGAUGCUCUUAAGUUGAUUUCCCAGAAUUCCAUCGAAUUCUGUGAAGAAAUUCGAAGCAUCGAUCCGAAUUUUAAAGGUAAAGGAGCUAAAUUAGCCGGGGCUAUCACCGGAUCCAAUAAAUGGGGACAACACGGAUACAAGACUAAAUCUUUAUUAGAACCAGUAGAGAAAGCAAAGACUGAUGUUCCAGUAGUUAAGACACCUAAGAUAUCUUUGAAAGAUUUGAAGAGGAAUCUUAAAGAAAAGGAACGUCAAUUACAAGUAGAGAAAUUGAAAUCAAAUGAAAGUGUUGUGUCGAAUGCUCCACCAAGUAUCAACAUCAUAUCACCAGGGAAUUCUAACGAUUCACUCCCUCCAAAACAAACUUUGAAGUUUGUAGGUAUUGAUAAGAAUAAUAAGGAGAAAGAUAUCAGAUCAAUGAAGAAGAUUCAAAAAUCUCUUUCCAAUGACGAUAGUCAAAUGUUUACACGUCCAGCGUUAGAACCAUUGAAAUCACAUCCCGAUUUGACUACUAUAGCUAGUGGAUCUAGUAAAGGUGACGAGAGGGAACAUAAGAAGAAGAAGCUGAAAUUUUGGAAAUUAUUUAAAUAG